AGAGGAUAAUACCAAUGCAUAUCUCGAGAGACAAAGUGCGACUAAAAAGUUUGAAACUAAAGCCGACCAAAAAAAAUCUGUUCCUUUUUAUUAGGAUUAAGCCAAAGCCACCAUGAAAUCCCCAGUAGACCAUCCAAAACCACUGUUAUAGAUUUGUGCAGCUUUCAUAUUUGCCAUGACUUCACUUCUGCAAAGCUUUGUUAAUAUCUCAGCCUUAAAGUUUGAAUCUUUGCACAAUCGUAAGACAUUCAAGAAACCCAUUAGAUUUUACUCCCUAUCAAGAGCAAAAACAGCUUCUUUGCAUCACAACGGGUUCAAAGUGAGGGCUUACGGGGAGAGGUGGUCUUUCUUGGGUGGAAGUGGGCGUGAGGGUGUGAUUUUGGCGGAGGAGGAGAGGUGGAAGAGGAAUAAAAGGGUGGUUUUGGUGAGGUUUAAUCAGAGGUUUGGUUUUAAUGGUGGAGGUGGUGGGGGAGAUAAUGGUGCCACUGCUAGAGUUCUGGGAAAUCUUGCUCUGGCUAUUGGGUUGACAUAUCUUUCAAUGACUGGGCAGCUUGGUUGGCUUCUGGAUGCAAUUGUUUCCAUUUGGCUCUUUGCAGUGCUUAUACCGAUCGUUGGGUUGGGUGCUUUUCUCUGGUGGGCUGGACGGGAUAUGAUUCAAGGCACUUGCCCGAACUGUGGAAAUGCUUUUCAAGUUUUCAAAUCUACUCUAAAUGAUGAUUUGCAGCUAUGCCCUUUCUGCACUCAACCUUUCUCUGUGGUGGGCGACGAAUUUGUAAGUGAUUCGGUGAAGUUCUCCAAUCAAUCGACAACAUUUGGGCAGGCUUUCAAUGAUUUUUCCCGUUCUAAAAAAGGAAAAGAUUCUUCUAUGGCAGUGGUUGAUGUUGAAGCAGAAGUAAAAGAUGCAGACUGAAACCGCAUAACCAUUAUACCCCGCCAGUGAAUAUUUUUCCCUUGUGCCUUCAAGACACAUCCUCAGAAAUUCCAUGCCUGAGCCUCUGAAGGAGGUAUAUAUAUCACACUGAACUGGAGACACACUUGAUGAACAUGACCCGUAUUGCUAGAGAGGAACGGUUAGUUAAGUGGCAUUGCAGCUGUAAUAUAAGUUUUGACAGUGAUGUCUCUUGUAUUAUAUUUCUGUAUAUCAUUUGUUGGAAAAAAAAAAAAAAAGGUUUGUUAAUGUCUUAAUUCCUAUGGAUCUAUGGUCUUGUGUUCCUGUGUAUUUUUUGAGCUUGUUUGGUAAUGUGCAUGGAAUCUGCUGAUGUAUUGCAUCAGAAAAA